CCGCCAUCCAUCCCACCGACAAUGAACCACGCCUCCGCCUCCUCCAGCCUGCCGGCUUACGCCGAGACACCCAACUCGAUGUCAUCACCCUCCGAGCGCGAGCUCGAUGUCAUCCCUUCCAGGUCUGGCCGGAAAUUGUGUGUUAGGCAUAAGCAAAUGGCCGACCAGAACAUGAACGAAAAGCUGCAACAUUCGUUGGAUAAUCUCAGCCCUUCUGAACGGGCGGCCAUCACUCAAAUGUGGUCGACAUUCUCGACUGCGCCUCACGGUAAAAGGAAGAUCAUCCUUGAAGGCAUCCUUACCAUGUGCUGUUUGCAAGUAUUAUCCGCGCAUCAUGUGACGUGUUGGCUGACGCACGCUGAAGCUCCCAGCUCUCCCACCUCUCUGACUCUCUGGUCCAAAUUAUCCGAAUCGAUCCCUUCUCACUGCUGCCUCGCGAAAUAUCGCUCCGCAUUCUUGGCUUCCUCGACGCCUUUUCUCUUGGCAAGGCCGCUCAAGUCUCCAAACUGUGGAAGGCCCUUGCCGACGACGAUCUUCUUUGGCGCAGAAUGUGUGGCCAGCAUAUUGACCGCAAGUGCGAAAAGUGUGGAUGGGGUUUGCCGUUGCUGGAACGAAAGCGAUUACGGGUGGAGCUGAAGGAUCGAAGCCCUGCAGAGUUGGUCGAGCACAACCACAGUCACGACCAUGAAGACGGAGAAAGCAGGCUCGUCACGAGGGACCAAGUUCUUUCUGGGGCCUAUGAUCACCUUUCGCCAGGUCAGGUGGGUCUCAAGUCUUGUGACUCUCCGGCCAUGUACCUUCCGUCACCGUCAGGCACAUCCGUACCCUCUAGCAAGCGUCCUGCCCCAGACUCUGCUCUGGCCGUGAACCACGCAUCAUCAAAGAAGGCCAAAUUUGACAACACCGACUCUGGGUUGGAUUUGCGUGGGAGAUCUAGCAAUGAAAAUGGUGCCGGCGGGUUGACUCGAGAAGUCCGAUUGACGAGACCGUGGAAGACUGUGUAUUGCGAGAGGCUCAUGGUGGAGAGAAAUUGGAGGAAGGGACGCUGUAACACCAAAGUUCUGAAGGGUCACGCGGACGGUGUCACCUGCCUUCAGUACCACACAGCACUCACCAAUCCUUCCUAUCCCGUCCUCAUUACCGGCUCCUAUGACCGCACAGCACGCGUCUGGAACCUCGAGUCUGGAGAAGAGGUCCGUGUCCUACGCGGCCACACCCACGCUGUCCGCGCUCUUCAAUUUGACCAGAUGUUGCUCUUCACCGGUGCAAUGGACGGCACGGUGCGCAUGUGGAACUGGAGAGCCGGCGAGUGCUUGCGGGUCCUGGACGGCCACACCGAUGGCGUCGUCACGUUGAACUACAAUGGCUACCUCCUGGCCAGUGGUUCUGCAGACACUACAAUCCAGGUGUGGAAUUUCCGCACAGGCAACAAAUUUGUCCUCCGUGGGCACGAAGAAUGGGUCAACAGCGUUGUGCUCUGGGACGGCAAGACGUCGCCAUCCGACACAGAUCCCACGGCUAUGCCGAGCUUUACACAAGCUGUUUCGAAUCGAUGCCACAAGAGCAGCACCCCUGGUCUUGAGACCUCCCAGCCUGAUGUUCCCAACAUUGAGCCGGGCACCAUGCUUUUUUCUGCUUCCGAUGACAUGACCAUCAAGCUUUGGGAUCUCGAGACAGCUACCUGCGUUCGCACCUUCGAGGGCCACAAGGCUCAAGUACAAAGCCUGAAAGUUUUGAUGGUAGACAUGACGGAAGAAGAGGUGGCUACUCGGGACAGACGCCAACGCCGCCAGCUUACGCCCCCCCAUACCACUUCCGGGUUCAUCACUGCUUCAAAUGCGUCUCCAGUCGGUGUACAUGCGUCUGGCGAGGUCAACGGCAAUUUAGCUGACGCAGCCCCCGAUGGCUUUGACCCGGUCGAGCAUCGUGGUCGAGGCAGAGAGCAGACUGUCCAGCCGCGCGUGUACGUGCACUCUCCCGAAGGUCGUUCCAAGCGAACGAGCUCCAGAGACAACUCUCGUGCCGACGAAAAGAAGGCCAUCAUCACCUCUGGUUCUCUUGACGGCACCGUCAAGAUCUGGGACGUCGAAACUGGCCAAGAGCAAUCUACGCUCUUCGGUCAUAUCGAAGGCGUCUGGGCAGUGGACAUUGAUGCGCUGAGACUUGUUUCUGCCUCUCAUGAUAGGACGAUCAAGGUUUGGGAUCGAGAGAGUGCCCAAUGUGUGCAGACCCUUGUUGGGCACCGGGGUGCUGUGACUUCUUGUCAGCUGAGUGACGAUAUGAUCGUUUCUGGUUCAGACGAUGGCGAUAUCAUGGCCUGGAGUUUUGCUCCUGCUGCCAACAACAAUCAUUCCAACCUAGCUUCAUCAUCCUCCACCCCCGGCCACCAUUAGGCGCCUCUUAAACAAAAAUGUAACACAAACACCAUUGAAACAGGGUAAAGUCACCCCCAUUUUGUACGACACAGUCACGAUGUAAAAUCCAUCUACUAUAGUUUUUUCUUGUACCAAAUGAUACCUAGCUCUAUUGUAUAUCCCGUUCCGAGGACGAGUCAUAAUAUAUAUGUCAAGAUCUAUCUGACCUUGUAAGGAAGAGUGAGUAGUAGCAUACCGGGGGGGGGGGGGGG